AUGAAAAAAGUGAAGAGCAGGAACAAAGAAAUAAUUGAAGUAGUAAAAGAGUGGAGUAGGAUACACUGUCUCAAAGACUUUGCUGCAUUAGAGCAUCAAAUGUCUCAGCAUAUGGACUUUUGUGCUGAAUUUUCUCCAACAAUGCUUAAAAUCCUGUUCAUUUGCUACAACUUCGAUCAAGAUGAAACACUUGCCAACAAGUUACUGACUGAUCUAAUUCCGGAUUCUACUCUUGACGAGCUUGUGGUAAUCUUCAACAAAAUCACAGACUUUUCUGAUACUUUUAUUGAAUACUGCAAGCAAUACUCAAAGGUUAAAAAGCUAAAGCCAGUAGUUUCCAGAAUAUUCAGGAAUCUCAAAAUCACGCAUGAAGAUGCAUACAUCUACCACUUUGAAGAUAUGGAAGAAUCCUUAAAGGCACAAUAUAUUCGCAAGUUAUUUAAAACAAUUAACACUGUUGAAUUUAAAAAUACCAAGACUAUUAUAGCCCCGCUUAUUGAAGAAUAUGCCCAUCUGUUACCUGAAAUCAGCGAGCUCGGCUACCAAAAUAUAAAAAGAAUAGUAAAGCUGUGUAUUUUCCAGAACAAAUUUUCAUAUCUGCACCACUCAGAGACAAUGCGGAUAGAAUAUUUCACCAGGAUUGAGCAUUUUCCUGGUAUUUACAGGUUUCUAUACUUUAACCAGUUCAUUGUUGAUCCUGUAAACAUUAAAAGGAUCGGCGAGAUAUUUUUAGAAAAAAUGGAAAUUUUAAAGCAUGAUUCAGCAUUGUUCAGUUCAUAUAUUGACAUGCUGUAUAACGGGCUGGUAUAUCGAAUGUGCAGAGCUAAGAAUUUUCAAAGAAGACAUCUUGGCACAGUCUUAUUGACAGCUCUGCUUGAAUAUAGCCCUGGCAUGAUAGACAGCAGUUUAAUAAUAGAUUUGAUCUAUGAUUUGUCAUCUGAAAUUAGAAAAAUAGCGUCACAAUUCCGAAAGUGGAUUGUUAUCGAUAUCACGCAUCACAUAAAGAAUCUCACUGCAUCGGAGAAUUAUAAAGUAUAUGGUGCAUCCAUCAUUUUACAGGAUAUUGAUCCUGAAAUUAUAUGGGCAGAGCUAGCAAAUAGAGUCUCUGCAGAUGACAACAGGAUUUUUGGGCUGAUGUGCUGCCUUAAUCUUAUGAACUACACCAGAGACAAAUAUUCGUCAAUAGUCUUUAGCCUGUAUGAAAAGUAUAAAAGCAUUGAUGAUGAAAAAUACACAAAAAACUGUGGCAUGCUGUCGUGGAAUGUACUGAGGGAGUGCUGUAUUCACUUUAAGAAUAUUAAAAGAAAUGAUCUGCUGAUGGGCUGUAUGCUCCAAACAGAUCACCUGGGCCUGGUUUGUCUGAUUAAAGAAAUUGCAAGCAUUGAAGGCCUGGACAUUAAGCAUUAUAUCAGCAAAGGAGUCAAUGAAAUUCUCCAUAGAAAUGCUACUGUCAGAAAGAGCGGCGGCUUGUCUCAGUACUUUGCUCUGCUAAAUAGGGAUCCAACAAAUUACUGUCUGAUUAAGCGAAGCCUUUUUGAUCUGAUAGGCAUGGUUAAAAACUCUCACAUUGUCCUGAAAGAUGUCAAGAUACAUAUACUCUUUCAUACGCUGAAUGUCUUUGCUACGCUGUUUGAUGAUUACUCCGAGGAUCAUUCAUUUUACUUAAAACUGGGACUUUCAUGCCUCGACAAUCCAUCUUUUUGUGUUAAGAAUUGUGGAUUUGUGCUGCUUAGCACACUUUUUAAGAAAGUACUAACUUCGCAAAAAUCCUUUGAUGUCUUUUUUCUGACUAGAAAAGACCUUAGGCUGUAUCUCCGCGACACAUUGCAGGUAUCUAUUGGCCAAAAGAAUGUGUAUUCCAUUUUCUUUAUACUUUUCAUAUUUCAAAAUAUAAAAAUACUGCAUCAAGAAGAGAAAGCUUUGGUUUCAAGGUGUUCGUCAAUUGGAGAAUUUGUAAGUUUAAAAGUGAGAGAUAUUUCUGCUGACAUGCAUAAUGAUUGUGCGUCUUUGUGUGAGUCCUCAAGCUUUGAUGUUCCCAUAGACCAGCCUGAGGAGAGCAUCCUUGCCUGUAUUCUAAUUUAUCUUAACAAACACGAUGACAGAGUGAAGGAACUUAUAGCCAAGAGAUAUAAGGUUAAAGAUGCAUCCUUUCAGUAUCUUAUUCAUAAGAUCAUCUCGAUUGUUAAGAAGACUGGAUGUGGAGAAGCAGUAAAAACCAAUAUAAUCCAAUACCAGGUCAUGGCAAGAAACAGCCAGCGCUUCGAAGAUGUUUAUAGGCCUGAUCUUGAUUUUGAUUUUAUUUUUGAGCUUCUAUAA